GAUAAGGCUCCUGCUCCAGCUCCAGCUCCCGCUCCCGCUGCAGCUCCAAUUCGGCCGGCGCCGGCGAUGGAGGCGGCGAUUGGGACGCUCGGCUCCCAGUCCCCGCUCUCCUUCUCCUCCAGCCUCUGCAAUGCAAAGGUAUCCUGUGGUUUGCUCGUCUACAAUGUGAAGAUCAAGAGCAACCGAAGACUCGAGGUGGUCUGCCAGGGGAUGCUGGCACCCAGAAAGUUUGUGCGGAAGAAGAGAGAAGAGGUCUUCAAGGAUGCUGCUGAUGAGGCCAAGCAAAAGAACUGGAGGAAGAUGAUGAGCGAGAUAGAGGAGUCUGGAUCGGCUGUAUCCAUUCUCAAGACUCAGCGGAACACCAAGGAGCCGCUGCCAAGGGAUGCGGUUCUUGGCACUCUCGUGCGGUUCAAACAGCUAAAAAGGUGGAAUCUGGUCAGCGAGAUUCUUCAAUGGCUUAGAACGCAACAUUGGUGGGACUUCAGCGAGAUGGACUUUUUGAUGCUUGUCACGGCUUAUGGAAAGCUGGGAGAGUUUAGCAAGGCGGAAAGGGUCCUCAAGUACAUGAGCAAGAAAGGUUACCGGCUGAGUGUGAUAUCUCAGACUGCUCUGAUGGAAGCAUACGGACGAGCUAAGCAGUACGAAAAGGCCGAGGCUGUAUUUCAUAAGAUGCAGGCAUCAGGCCCUGAACCAUCGCCUAUUACAUAUCAAAUAAUUUUGAAAUCGCUUGUUGAGGGUGACAAAUAUAAGGAAGCUGAAGCUAUAUUCGAGGACCUUCUUAAUGAAAAAAGAGCUUCUUUUAAGCCAGACCAGAAGAUGUUUCAUAUGAUGAUCUAUAUGUACAAGAAGGCUGGUGACUAUACCCAGGCGCGUAAGCUAUUCGCACAGAUGCCCGAGAGAGGAAUCCCACAGUCUGCUGUCACUUUUAAUAGUUUGAUGUCAUUUGAAGCAGAUUAUAAGGAAGUUUCAAGUAUUUAUGAUCAGAUGCAAAGAGCCGGACUAAAACCAGACGUUGUCAGCUAUUCCCUGCUCAUUAAUGCUUACGGGAAAGCCAGGAGGGAAGAUGAAGCAUUGGCGGUGUUUGAAGAGAUGCUUGAUGCUGGAAUCAGGCCAACACGCAAAUCGUAUAACAUCUUGCUUGAUGCAUUCGCAAUAUCUGGAUUAGUAGAAGAGGCUCAAACAGUUUUCAAGACUAUGAGAAGACACAGGGUUGAGCCUGAUCUCUGUUCUUACACAACAAUGCUCUUAGCUUAUGUAAAUGCUUCGGAUAUGGAUGGGGCUGAGAAGUUUUUCCGUCGGCUUAAAGAGGAUGGUUUGAGGCCAAAUGUUGUUGUUUAUGGAACUCUGAUGAAAGGCUACUCGAAAUUGGAUGAUGUUGACAAAGUAAUGCGAGUAUAUGAGAGAAUGCGGGUGCAGGGUGUCGAACCCAAUCAAACUAUCUUUACUACCAUUAUGGAUGUACAUGGCAGGAACUCAGACUUUGGAAAUGCUGUCAUUUGGUUCAACGAAAUGGAAACACGUGGAUAUCCACCAGACAAGAAAGCGAAAAACAUCCUACUUUCUCUUGCCAAAACACCUGAAGAACGACAAGAAGCGAAUGAGUUGACAGGGAAUAGUGCAUUUCAGCUUGAAGUAAAACCAAAUGGGAUGACCUCAGGUUUAGGUGUCGAUAGUGCUGAUCUGCAUGAAGGUGGGCUGACUGAUACUGGACAUCACCAUUCCUUAAAUGGUGCAUCCACAACAAAUGUUCUAAAUGGUAGUAACGGGACUGGGAGCAGUGGUUUUGAUGAUGAAGACAACGAAGAUGAUGAUGAUGAUUAUGAGGAAGACGAUGAAGACGACUUAAAUUUUGUUUCUUUCAAAGAUAAGCGGGAACUAAAUUUUGCAACAUAAUAUUUUGGACCUUUGGUGUAUAUUUUGUUGUAGCAAAACUUAUGAUAGCUUUUCCUACACAAAAGGACUAGUGAUAUUACCAAAAUGUCAUCACGGCUGACCUGGAUGAUGUUUAUGCCUAGCCUUGUCUGUUAAAAGGGAAAUGAGUCGAACUGAUGGUAGAUACCUGUGGCGUAAUCGCCGAUAGUUUAUCAGAUAAGUUUUACUUGUAUUUUCUGUUGAUUUCAGCUGCAUCCGAUGCAGAGAAACGUUUACCACCUCAUGUAAUCAAUUUCACAUGUUCUGUUAGGAUUGCAGCAAUUCUUUUUAUCA